UGUAAUCUGUGAUCAAAUCUAAUUCUUGAAAAGAUAAAUCACAGACGAAUGUUUUUAUCAAUUAACUUUUAGAAGUAAUCUCUAUUCUUUAAAUAAUUACAACAAUGCCAAAUCUUUACGUAUGAAUUUAUCUUGUGUGUUCUGUUACGCGUUGCAUAAAUAAUUAAUUAAAAUGGCAAGGUCGCCAACGGACGACCCGAGAUUUAACGAUAGUACAUGGAACUACCAUGUGGAAACCGGUGAGAAUUGUGCACCUGGUGCUAUGAAUGAGAUUAAACAGGCUUCGUUGCCGUCCAGUCCUAAUGCGACUCCGGAAAACAUGUACGGGAGGAAUAACUUCGGCAAUGAUGUUUAUAACAAACCCUACAUGCAAACGACCGAUAAUAGGGAUGAUAAAAACUCAUACAACGCGAUCCCGAAUGUCAAUCGUGUUAACCGUCAGAGUUACGGCAACGCUAUGCUCAAUCUGGGCAACGGACAGAUGGUCAGAGUUUUCUAUGACGAAAAUAACCAACAGCUUAUAGUGCCCAUGUCUGGUCAGUAUGAACUUUUCAAUCAUAAUCAGAACCUAGUCGAUGUGCCCAUACAAGCGGCGCCCUCGCAUCUCUUCACAUUAAACCAGGAAUUCAACAUAAAUAACAGUGUCCAUGUGCAGCCGUCUCCAACAGUCCAACACAGCACCUUCAAUCAGGAAAAUGUGAAUCCACAAUCAAAUAUGCCAACAUCAAAUUUUUUAAAGGAAGUUUUGGGCAACUGGGAGCCAAACUUGAGCGGUACUUAUUCUCCGUUUGGUCAAAAUUAUCCACUAAAUCAUCCAGAUGCUCCCACUAUAUCAAACAAUAAUGGUAUUGAACCGAAUUUGGCUCAAAUGAAGCCUGAAAACUCACCAAAGAGAAAUGAACAUGGCCCACUAGCUGAUACAAGCACCAAAAAGCGUAUAGUGGCUGAAGUUAAGCCAAUGCGUCCAAGUUAUUCUGAUGUGUUAGCCAAGAAUACAAAAAAUACUCCACCCGAGACAAAGAAAGUCAAACCCCAAAAUUCUGUUGAGAAUAAAACACCUAAUAAACUUAUGAAAACUGAGAAACCCCCAAACAUAAAACAGAUUAACGAUGAAAAUAAGAAAUCUGACAAAAAGCACACAACCAUUUCAUCAGGAAGUGAAUCUGGUGACUUUAACACUGAUGACAUUGAGAAGCAACCAAAAACAAGCAAAAAGUCAAAGAACAAACGUAACAAUAUGUCACGUAAAUGGUCUUCGCUAGACGAUAUAACGAGUGAGGAGGGUUUAAACCAAGACAAUGAUAGCCAAUUUGUUUUUAUUCAGACAGAGGCGAAGCCAAAAAAGGACAAAAAACUUGAUAAGCCGAAGAGUGUUGAGAGAAAUGUCGAGGAAGAUGAUUUUAAUUUGGAUGACGAUGAAGAAACAUCUCUGUUUGUCCUUCAGGAAGGACAAAUUGAAGGCACUAAGUCUAGAAAGAGGAAAGAGGCACGUAUUCAUCACAAGAGUUCCAAAAUCGUACAGGACAAAAAGAAGGGAAACCAGACAAAGGUCAGAAGGAAUAAACCAGGAUAUAUUAUGAGUCUGGUACAGAACUAUCUGGAGCGCUGGGGCGGCGCUACUUGGAAGGCAGCUGUGUGGUUCCUAUAUCUACUUUCGGAUAUCUGUCGUAUGAGUCUUCAUUUGUCUUUUGAUUUAUGUACGUCGGUAUUCACACAGACCUACGUGAGCUCUCAAGCAGUGUGGCGCAGUAGUAAGGACUGGCUCGCUAAACUUGGGAGCAACAAAUUCUUCAUGUACAUUGACAGGAAGUUUGGAAACACUCGCUUUGCGUUUUGGAGGAAACUUAAAUGGUUUAAAAAUGAAACAGAAGCUGACAAUGGCAACGACUCAACAAAGCUCAACUCAAACAUACCGCUGCCGGCGACCGGCGAGGAGGCUAUGAAACGAUUACUAGCUUGUAAAGGAAAAGAUCCAUAUAGCAUCCUAGGAGUGAGCGUGACGUGCACAGACGAGGAGAUCAAGCGUUACUACCGCCGACAAGCGUUCCUCGUGCACCCCGACAAGAACCAGCAGCCCGGCGCGGAGGAGGCCUUCAAAAUACUGCAACACGCUUUCGACCUUAUUGGAGAGCCGGAGCGUCGGGAAGCAUACGAGCAAAGAGCGCGCGAGUCGCGUAGCGCGGAGGCGGCGUGGGGCGAGCUCAGUGUGCUGCUGGCUCAGCUGCACGACAAGAUGGAGUUCGCGGCCAACACUAUAAGAUGUACGAACUGCGGGCGGCGGCACAAGCGCGUGCUAACGGAGCGGCCGUGCUAUGCGGCGCGCUACUGUUCCCAGUGCAAGAUACGACACUCCGCUAAAGAGGGCGACAUCUGGGCGGAAUCCAGUAUGCUGGGUCUGUUAGUGAUGUACUACGCGUGUAUGGACGGCGCCGUCUACCAGAUCACGCAGUGGGCCAGCUGUCAGAAGAAGAAUCUAAAGCAGUUAAGGCCGGACUGCCACGUGGUCCAGUACAGAAUCGUCUUAGGAAACAAAGCGGCUGCGGCCGACUUCCAUCCCAACCAGCGUCCCUCGACUGGUCCAGAUCCAAAUCUUGAAGAGUUUCUUAACAACUUGUACAACAAGACUGGAGUUUCACCAAAUACGACGACUGCCAAACCACCACCCGCAGAGAGUGCAGACGCGAAAAAGCGACGUAAUAAAAAACCUAAAGCCUAAACAAAUCUAAAAAGAACCUAAAAAUAUUGUAGCUGUUGAUUAAACAUCGAUAAUAAGGUUGUCAAUUCUAUUCUAAUAAAAAAAUUAUAACCGUUUCUAUAAUUUUGUAUUGAUACAAUCUAGUUUUACCAUAAAUAUCUUUCUUUUAUUAUGUAUGUAAUAAUAUACUAAAGCAAAACAAAUAAUAAGAAUAAGGCACUGUCUAGCCUGCCACAAGUGGUAUUUUAAUAAAAAUAAUUAUCCUGCCACUAGUAAAGUUAUAAGCUUAUAUUCUUUAUUGCAAGCUGAUAAGAUUUAUUGAAAGUUUUGUUGAAGGUAGGCAAGCGGUUGUUUAAUACAAAGAAAUAUCCACCCACUAGUGUUAAGAAAUAAUGCUAUUCUACCCCAUUUUGUAAACUUAUAACUGUUUUUAAAUGUUCCACGCCAGACUAGCUCGUCAUCCGUUCAUUCAGCUCCUAUUUUCGCUUUUAAUACUUAACAGAGUAAUAGAUAUUGAUAGCCUAUCGAUGUUUAAUCAACACUACUAAAAACUUGAACUCAGCAUGAAUGGCUAAUUCUGCUAUAUACAAUAAAACAGAAAUUACAGAUCUAAACGUAUUGCUAUCCUUUUUAUCAAAAGGAUAGACUUUUAAACCUGCAAUUAAGUUUGAAGAUAGUGUACAACAGAAUUAGGCACAUUGGCAAGCUUGUUGGAUGCGCGCGAAAUUUGAAAUUCGAACAUUUAUUUCAGCCAUGUUGUUCUUUACGCCUGUUGUUCCGUAUGAUAAAAUAUUAUCUGUGAAAAAAAUGCCUUCAGUAAAAAUAGCAUACUUUAAUAAUAAUAUGUAUAUUUAAAUAUAGACAAACAAAAUCUAUAAGAACCUAUUCUGUAAAAUUCUACUACAGCCCAAAGUAAAUAAACUAUUGGAAAAAUGACCAGGUAUGGCCGUUUAACAUUACACAGACUAAAGGAAAAAAUAGACUGAUCUCCCAAACAGCCGUGUCAUAGUAAAAUCAAUAAUCAUCUCUCAUGCGUAUUUAGAUACUGCAAAGGUAGACUAAUCUCUUGGCGUGUUUUAUUUUUAUGCAGCCCACUUUCUGCCUAUCUAUAUUAUCAAUUAUGCCUUGAUUAGUUAAAAAGCAAAACAAUUUUUUUCGAAGAUUUAAAUCCAUAUAACUAUCUAAGUAUAUAGUUUGUGGAUUUUACUAUUAGAAACCACAAACUAGUUCAGCACAAAAAUAAAAUAUAAAUAGCUCUAUUUAUUUUUAGGAUUAUGUUAGCUUUUUGAUUAAUUUUUUUUUCUAAAUUUUAUUUAUACUUCACUAUGUCACAAAUAAGAUAUAAAUAAAAGAAAUAGCUUUAACAGUAGCAGCUUCAGUCGAAAAGAAAAAUGUGGAAAAGCUUUCCAAAUACUUAUCCAGUUAUGUCUGAGUCAAAUACGCUUCGUUGCAACUUCUUAUUGAAAUCGACUUCUCUGAACCUGUUUCAGUUAUGUUUGUUAGCAAACCAUUUACUGUCUAAAUAUAAAUUUUCUUUAGUCUGUGCCUUUCAAUCACAUUGCUAAAUCGCCUGUGCGUACAUACUCGAUGAUUUUCUUUAUUCAAGCAAAUUCGAUUAUUCAUAUGCAAUUCGAGCAUGCUCUGUAGUCUUUAUGUUAGUUCGUCGAGCAUGUACGAGUGUCUGUCUACAUAAAAACUGGAAACCCAGAAUAUUAUUGAAAUGUUGUUCUUUAUCUCCACUUUUGAAUUAUGAAACCAAAUAGUACAACAAUGUUUGCAUUCACUAAAAUAUUAAAUUAAUUAACAAUCUAAACAAUUUAUUUGUACAGAACGCCAGUUUUACUAAAGAUCUAAUAUUUUUAGGUUAUUAUAUUAAAUUGUGUUCUUUUGUCUAUAAAAUGCUAAGUCAUUUGCGAUAAAACAAAUUUUAAGAAUAUCUACUUUAGUAUUGGUAUUGUAUGUUCUUAUGAGUCGAUAAUAUUGACAUGUGAAAAUAAACCUCUUCACUGAAAAUGCACUAGCAACUAGCAGUAAUAUAAAGGCAACCAUAAAAUAUUUCGAAUAUUUAAAAAUGCAUCAAAUUAGGAACCCUCUUUUUUGGAAGUGGAUUAAAAAUACGUGACAGCGGUCUUUGAAUACUUGUGAACAUAGUUUUUAUAGUAAACAAGAAACGGUGAAACUUUUGCUAAGCUUAAUCAAUAUUGUCGACUCCUAAUAUUUAGAAAUAAAAGGGCGUCCGCCCAACUGCCUUUACCAGAGAUUAUCGGUUAAAUUAAAAUAAAUGUGUUAUGCUAAGAGAGAUUGCUGUCAUGUUUCGAUGUGCGUAGGCAAUUCGCGCUUCAUGUGUCAGUACAGAUAUGGAAAUUAUAA